GCUAUUCGAUAUUUGGAUGCGAAUUCAGGUUCUGAUGAUGAAGAUGAUUCAGUAAAGCUUCCUAAUGAAUUUUACGAACUAAAAAUUUCAUGCUACCUUAAUAAAGCUGCAUGUUCGCUUAAAUUCAACGAAUGGGGUGAUGUCGUUCAAGCCACAAAUGUGGUAUUAGAAAUGCCUGAAAAAGUGUUGUCACCCACAAUUCGAGCUAAAGCAUUAUAUAGACGUGGUUCUGCAAAAGUUGGUAUGAAAGAUGAGGAAGAAGCUAUUAAAGAUUUGCAAGAAGCCGCCAAAUUAAACCCAGAUGAUCCUGCCAUUACUAAAGAGUUGGUUGUUGCCAAGCAACGACUUGCUAAUAGGGAAAAGGCGCAGAAAAAAGCCUAUA